AUGAGGCUGAAAUCAUCGAGGUUAGGUUACCUAUUACUUCAAUUUAUGACUCUGUGUUUUUACACUCAGAUGACAAUGCAGUCCGUCUCUGUACCAAAUUUUAAGCACCAUGUAACGGAGCAGAGUCGUCUGUCGGACAGGAUGAGCCGGCGAUUAACAAGGACUUAUCAGCUCUAUAGCCGGACGAGUGGUAAACAUGUACAAGUCCUGGGCAAUAAGAGGGUCAACGCCAAUGGCGAGGAUGGAGAUAUUCAUGCUAAACUUGUUGUGGAAACCGACACGUUUGGAAGCCGGGUUCGAAUCAGAGGAGCGAAAACAGGAUACUACAUUUGCAUGAACAAGAGAGGCACGCUUACUGGACGGAGGAAGGGCCGUGGAAGGGACUGCAUAUUCACCGAGAUUGUUCUGGAAAAUAACUACACGGCUUUGCAGAACGCCAAAUACAAAGGCUGGUACAUGGCUUUUACACGCAAGGGUCGACCCAGGAAAGCCACGCAGACCCGGCAGCAUCAGCGAGAGGCCCAUUUCAUGAAACGUCUUCCUCAAGGACACCUGUUAACAGAACAGAAGCCUUUUGAUUUAAUCCCAUAUCCCCCAAACAAGAGGACUAAGCACCAUCAGCGCACAAGAGUGAAUUGAGGACAGAAUAGUAUCUUAUACCGGAGUGCUCUCUUAAUUCGAGUUUAUCUAAUCUAUGUGCAUCCAGAGUUACUGGAAAUCACGCCGAACUGAUGUUGUGUAAAAAUGAAGGAGUCUGCACAGGCUCAGAUCUGAGAUGAAUCGCAGUACCAAGAACAGUUUGUUCUGGGACAAUUACUGAACUGUUGACUGAACAGAGGACACUGUAAGCCUUGUAAUAAUGAGCAACGCAUCUCUGGGAAUGAAGCAAGACAACAGAACACACGACACACAAACACUCUCAGAAA